ACAAAAACACACCUAAUCAUAGCUUCUCCAUCUCCUUUGUCUGCAGGAUGAUGCAUUUUCUCAGACAAUUUUCCUCCAAAAUCCUUUCGUAAUUUUCUUCGUUUAGGUUUUACCCUCCUCGGUUGGUUAUACCAAAAAUAAAAAAAUUCAACUGAUCUCUAGAGUUUUUAGGUUCUUGCAAGAAAUUGAAUUUUGAAGAGGCUUUGUUGGGUUUGGAUUUCCAUAUCCGCUCCUUGUUUACGAUUCUCGUUGUUUAAAAAUGCAAUGGCUCUUCAGGAGAUGUCGUGAUUUUGGGAAAAAACUUUCGGACAAUCCUGUUUGAAUGUCCCAUCUUUUUUCUCAACAUUCGCGUCUUCUCAUUGCCUCGGCUCUAGUUUUCGAAAUGUCUCUUGGCCAAGAAAAUGUCGAUCCUGUCGAAGUUUCUGGGUCGCAUGCUUGCUUAUAUGACCUUUUACGUUCAGAGACACCAAAAGGGACUCCUCAAAAAGAUUUGCAGACAUCUUCUUCUGAUCCCCGAGAUCGGUUGGAGAAGCUGCUGAAGCAACCUGGUAAUAAGUAUUGUGCUGACUGUGGAUCUCCCGAACCGAAAUGGGUAUCCUUAAGUCUCGGUGUAUUUAUCUGCAUAAAGUGUUCUGGUGUACACAGAAGUCUUGGAGUCCAUAUAUCAAAGGUUCUAUCAGUAAAGCUAGACGAAUGGACAGAUGAUCAAGUUGACACGCUCGUAGGGUACGGUGGAAAUACUGCAGUAAACCAGAGAUUUGAAGCCUGCAACAUCGACCAGUCAAAGAAACCCAAACCAGAUUCCACUAAUGAGGAACGCAAUGAUUUCAUCAGGAAAAAAUAUGAGCAGCACCAGUUUAUGGAUCCAAAAGAUGGUGCUUUGUGCCCUUAUCAGCAGCAGGCUAGCAGAGUAAAUAAUUCACCACCGUCUUUAUGUUCUGCUAGCCACCGUUCUACAAAAAACCGUAUUGGUCAUGCAUUUAGGAAUAGCUGGGGAAGAAGAGAAUCUGAUCACAAAGGACCAAAGAAGAGCAACUCCCUGGCAGGUAUGGUUGAGUUUGUGGGAUUAAUUAAGGUUAAUGUGGUUAAAGGAACCAAUCUUGCGGUUCGAGACGUGAUGACCAGCGAUCCUUAUGUUAUCCUUUCUCUUGGCCAACAAUCGGUAAAAACACGGGUAAUAAAGAACAACUUGAAUCCAGUUUGGAACGAGACGCUGAUGCUUUCAAUACCUGAGCAGAUGCCUCCUCUCAAAGUGCUAGUGUACGACAAGGAUACAUUCUCGACAGAUGAUUUCAUGGGAGAGGCAGAGAUAGACAUACAACCGUUGGUGGGGGCAGCAAAAGCUUACGAGACAUCGAGCAUACAAGAACCGAUGCAGCUGGGGAGUUGGGUCGCGAGCAAAGAGAACACAUUGGUGAGUGAUGGCAUAAUCUCACUUGAAGAAGGGAAAGUGAAACAAGACAUUUCACUUAGGCUUCAAAAAGUCGAGAGAGGUGUUCUUGAGAUCCAGCUUGAAUGUCUUCCUCUCACUCAAUGAUAAAUACUUUCCUUUCUCCCCUUCUUUUCUUUUCUUUAUGUUGUUUUUUAUUAAUAGUGAAGAGAUGCUACUUUCUUCUUGAUCCACCUCAUAACCUAU